GAAACCAUCAGAGAAGUUUUACCUGGAAUUUACACAUAUUCAAUAAUGGUCGGUGAAGAUGAAAGCGAGGAUAAAAAAUCCAGCUUUUUUGGAAAUAUAAAUGAAGAGGUUAACAGCGUUUGUGAGAAAUUGAAGGCUGAUAUAAAUCUUAAAUAUGGUUUCAAUGCCAUUGGAUUUUCUCAACGUGGAAGAACUCCAACUCCUUUUCAAGCAAUGUUAUUAGGUGAAGGACACGCUU